UAGGGCUGAGAAGCAUGGCGGAAGAAGAGGAGUUGGAGGGAGCGAGUCUGAGGAAAGAACUGGAAUAUAUAGAGAACGAACUGCGGAUGUCCCUGGGUCUGGUCGCUGCGUCCAACGAAUACUGCCUGAAGUUUUGUCGAGUAACUGAAUGGCAUGCUGGGAAAUGGCAGGUGCCUUUGCCACUACUUCAAGUGCUUAAAAAUGCGAUUUGCUGUUUUACCAAAGCAAGACCACUUCUCGCUGCAGAAUGUGAACAUGUUCAAUAUGUCUUGAGCCGGCUGGCUUUGAGCUGCUUUGAAGUAUUGCUAUACUGUAGAGAGGAUGACUCGCCAAAAGUGUUUUGGGAAGAAUUUUUAAAAACUAUUCAGGAAUGUUACGUUGUUUUACAGAAGGACUUGAAUGCAGAACUUGAUGUACUUAUCAGGAUGAGUAAAAAUGGAGGGCCAUGGCAAAAUCCAGUUCUGAUGUCCAUCCUUAACCAAGAGUUAGUUACUCAGGAAUUAGUAGAUGAAUAUUUGGGAUCAGAAUCUCCAGUGUUCUUUGAAUAUAGAGUGAAAUACUUGAUGAAGUAUAAGCAUAUCAAAGAAGCAAUGACGCUGACCAAAUACUGUGUGAAUCACCCGCAAACUGGCAAAAACAAGUAUUUUCUCCACUUAUUUUUAACAUGGUUAUGCCGUUCAUUCCCAGAAGAAAUCAUGUUGCAGGAGAUUUCUAGAAUUGACUGCCAGGAAGCCCUUGAUGUUAUUUGCAGACUGGAUUCAGAAGGGCAAGUGGAAUUGUCAUGGAUAUUGUGUGUGGCUUUUCUUACUCAGCAGCUAAGAAAUGGAGAUAUGUAUUGUACAAGGGAGUUGAUAUUAGUAUGGAGUAAGCUGCAGCUGAAACUUGAUGCAUCCAAGCAACACUUUUUAGAGAAGUGUCAUCACCUUCUAUUAACAUCCAGAAAUGUCAACCAUAUCUUUCUCUUUAUCAGGGUUAUUCAGAAUGAGGUUGGAGCUGAAGGUCUGCAAUUCUGCGUUGAGCUCUGUGCACGUGCUCUACGGAUGGAUUAUCAAGAUGAACCAAAUACAAAAACUUUAGUGUGUAAAACGCUGUCAUAUCUGCUGCCAAAUGAUUUGGAUUUCUGUAGAGCAUGCACUAUUACAGUUUUUUUCUCUGAGUGUACAUUAGAAACUUUUCAUGCUGUUGAAAAUCUAUACAGUCAGCCAGAUCAGCCAUACACUGAAGAUACCAGCUCAGUUCCAAGUUUCCUUCGUUGCGAGCUGCUGCUUGUUUUAAAGAACACCUGGCCUUUUGAUCCAGAAUUUUGGGACUGGCGGAUUUUGAAGAAAAACUGUCUUGCUCUAAUGCGUGGCAAAGUGGCCUUAAUUAAAGCUCGUGGAAGAGAUUUGCUUGUAAAGUUUGGAAACAACGUGUCAGUUAAUAGCACCACAGAUAUCAAGACCACGGAGAAACCUGAUAGGCUGCUGCUCAGCCGAGGCACGUCCCGGGCAGACGGCCACAGUGCCGUGAUGCAUCGUUGUGUGUUGUGUAAAAAAGAGUUCCUUGGUGGACACAUUAUGCGACAUGCACAGGUUCAUCAGCAAAAAGGUGCCUUUCCUUGUCUCAUUUGUGCAAGGAAGUUCAGAUUGAGGGGACAAAUGCUGAAGCAUUUAAAGACUCAUCUGAGGAAGAUUCAAAAACAAGAACUUGCUGCAUACAAAAAUACUCAAUCUUCUAGUGCUGCCAAUGACACGCAGGAAACCGAUCCUCUCACAAAUGGGAUUCUUGAUGCAAAAGUAUCAACUACUUCAGAAUCUGCAAAUGCAGAUGAACAGACUUGCUCUAAAACGUUUACAGAAAAAGAAGAUAUUAAAAUUGUUGAUCUUCCAAUUGAGCCACACAGUUCAGCUGGUCUGGAUGGAGCACUGAAUGAAAAUUUCAAAACUCAGGAAGAUCCUAACAAAGAUGUUGCUCCUGAUACAGCUGCUGAUAAUGCUACAGGUGCUCAGGUGGUAGAAGAAGAGUCUGCUUCAGAUGUGUCUGCUGUUCCAACCAAAAAGAAAAUGAAGAGCAGUUUUCUUGCCAAGCAAAAUUCAAUAGGUCACAGACAUAAUGGAGCUCUAUGCAAACAAGAACAGGUAGAAGAUAAAACUAUGUCAAAAGAAAAAACAGAAAAUGAUACAGAAAGUGAUGGUUUCCUUAAUUGUCCAAGCCAUGGCUGUUCAAAGGUAUUUACUAAGAUCCAUUUUUUGAUUAAGCAUGCACGGAAAUUUCACUCCUCCGAUGAAAAUGUACGAGAUUACCUGAUGGAGUGGUAUAAAGGGAAGUGCCGUUAUUGCCAAAGAAAAUUUAUUCACUCUCAACAUUUAAUUGACCAUCUAAAAAGGCACGUGUAUCCCAAACUAUUCUUCUGUUUACAGUGUGGUUGUAGUCAGAGGUUUAAAUCAGCUUCAGAGCUUUUAACCCAUUCUAAAAGUCAUGAAGUUUUUCAAGCACAGUGCAGCUUUGGUGACUGUGACAAGUUGUUCGAUAGAGUUGAUGUGCUUUAUGAACAUGAGGCACAGCAUUACUUAAGUAGCAAACCUAUUCACAUCACAGAUUGUGACGGCAGUAAAACUGAAGCAAACAAAAUACUAAGCCAUCAAGCAAAGGCAAAUGAAGAUGCGAGCUUGGAAAAUGAACAGAACGUUGUGGAAUUCCCAGUUCCAUCGUGGAAGUCACGGAAAGAGUUAUUAGAACCAAAGACUUAUCUUCACAGUUUGUCUGGCAAGCAAAGUGGAAAUCAAAAUGAAACAGGCACACUUAAUGAUACUCCACAUGCUUCCAUUGAAUUGGAACAAAAAUUGUUGACUGUUGAAUCAGGCAAUUUAAAUUGUAUUAAUAAUGAACAAAUUAUAAACGGACAUGAUGAAUUAAAAGGGAAUUUCAAUAAUUCAAAUGCAGAUACACUUUCCUCAGGUAAUAUGCCAAAUGAUGGCAUUGCUGAUUUGGAUAAGACCGGUCUUUCAAUGGAUGUUUCAAGAUCAGAGUCUACAUCAGCAGUGUUGAAUAAUAGCAUUUCAAAAGAAGCUUUAAGGGAGCAAGCUACAGGAGUGUCACAAAACAGUGGCUGCCCGUCACAGCAAAACAAGACUCCUUCAGGUUUGCAGUCAUCCUCCAAUCAAGAACAGAACGGCAGUAGUAGUAAGAAUAAUAGCAACAGUAAGGGAGAAUCUGAAAGUGGUGGCAGGCAGCACAAGUACUAUAGGCCUCAGCCACCAAGCUACCUGGAUGAAAGGUAUAUCAGUAUGCCAAAACGAAGGAAGUUGGCUACUAAUAUAAACCAGUCUCCCACGUCACAUGAGAAUGCAGUUAAUGUAAUAAACGAUCGACACAUAUGUCGGAAAUGUUUCAGGAUCUUCAACAGCAUUGAAGCACUGGAAGGACACAGCUCCCAGAAGAAUUGUAGACCACUCUUUGUUAUGGAAUCAGAUAGUGAUGAGGGUGACUAGGAAUUCCUUGAAAGUGAAUGGCCGCUCCGACAUAGCAGUUGACAGUCAAACAAGGGAAUCAACUUGCAGAGUUCACCUUCACUUAAUCCAAGUGCCAUGUAAGGACAGAAAGGAUCAAAGACAACAAAAUAGCAAGCUUCUGUCUUUAAGAACAUCUUUUUAAAAGUGGUAGCACUUAUUCAGGAAGGGCUCUUACACUGAAGAGUCUGGAGAAGUAUGGAGAAAAGUGUGAUGCCUUGUAGAAAUGGAUUUGAAGUGCAGAACCUUUGUUUUACCUCCUCAGAUUGGAAACUCGUAUGUUUAUUUUUCAUUUGUUUUGGGCCAACAAUCUAACAGCACAAUAGAGAAGCACCUGACAACUUGCAUGGCCAAAUUUUGCUGGGGCUGAGCAUCUUGUGGUGUUAAUUAAACUUCCUGCAUACUUUAGCUCAAAUGUAAAUGCUUGGAUAUCAUUUGGACUGAUGUCAUGGUAUUUGGGACCUUGGUAAUGACCGGAUCAGCUAUCUCAUCAUUGAUAGUUAAAGAUUGAGAUAGAAAGGAAAUGGGUGAACUAGAGCCACAUCAAGUACAUAUCUCAUGGUAUAGCAAUGUUUUUUAUCAAGAAAACAAAAAUGGAGAAAGGGAGUAAAAAAAAUAUAAAUUUUUAACUUUUUAAGAAGUAUAUUACUACAUAGGAAUGAGAUUUAAUGGUUUAAAAAAAAUCCCUUUCUGAAAUGGUGUGAUCAUAUUGGCAUUUCAUUGACUUUCAUCCUGGGAUUAAAAGACCAUGUGCUUCUAAUUAUAAACUUAAUCAUGUUGCAAUAAGCCUUUGGGCUUUUAAUAAUACAAAUCUGAGAAAUUCUUAAAAUUGGAAAGUUGAGGAUGAGGGGCAUUGUUAGGAGCCAGUCCAUGGAGCAAGUUCUGGAGAUUCAGUGCAAUGGUGUAUCCCUUGCUGUGAAUCUGCUGGUCAGUUUGUGGAAUAAGCAACACUCUGCAUCAUGAACAAUAAUUAUCCAGGUAGAUUUGGCCCAAUGUAGGUGCCUUUGAGCACAAUUAUAACACAUCCAAUUUGAUUUAAAUUCAGCCAAAAACCUUAAAGCUGCUUAUUAUAAUAGCUGAAGAGGAUUGCUCACAAGUGUAAUUACAUAUGUGGCUAGUUGUCUUCCAAAACAACAAUGUUGAAGAGUUACUGCUUUCUGCAUUUGCUGAAGAAAUAAGGGAUGAACACAAAGUUCAAAUUUGACUAGCUUAAUAAAUAUUUUUUUCUUGAUGCAAUAUCUUCUGCUGUAAUGCAGUGAGGAUACCAUAUUAAUGUAUGUAUUAGUAUUGUUAAGGCUAAUCCUAUCAUUUAUAAAACAGUGGACUUUGACUCCCUGCAUUAGAUUUUAAAGUUACUUUGAUGAAGUGGCAAGUAUAGUAGCAUGCACAUCAGUAUGUCAUUAGUAUGUCUCCCGAAGAAGGCUAUUAAUAGAUUUUGUUUUGUUUACCACAACAAAUGUGUUAAGUGUUCUCCUAAUGCACUACAAUAUCUCUUGAAGCUUGUCAGUUCUGAACAUUUUGUUCAUCUUUACAAUAAACUUCCAACGUUGAAUUAGUUAUUUGCAAAUCAGACUGAUUUGGGGAUUAAAUUACAUCCCCAUAAUAAUUAUAUUUUUAAAUUUUAAAAUGGGGGUGGAGAAGCAGUGCUUAGUGAAAUUUAAAAUCUACCUUGCAGAUCAGAAUGACCAGAGGUUGCCUUUAUGUAACAUCUCUGAAAAGCUAAAUGUAUUCUAAUCCAGAGCAUUAUAACAAUUACAAGGUUUUUUUUUAGAAAAGCAAUAAAGCCACAUUUGGGAUAAUAUGAAAAAAUGAGUUUGUAUAGAAAACUCACUUAUUGGGCAAACAGGACUUCAACUUAGAUGCCUUAUGUUGUGCGCAGGGAUCCUUGGCUGUUGAAGAGUACAAGGCUUUAUUUUAAAUUAAUUUGUAGAAAAUAACUUGAGAUUUUGUUAUAUUCCAUGAUAGCCAGCGGUCUGAAAGUCCACCAUAAUAUUUAAAGACGACAUCAUCAACUGAAAAAUUUGCUUUAAUGCUCUGUGCUGGUUGAUUAAUGCAUUUAGGAAACAAAGCAGGUGAAAAGGUAAAUGUACUAAACUCUCUAAUGCUGAAGAAGUCUGCCAUUUCAGAGUAUUGCCUAUAGUAAUUUGCUCCCUCUAAAUUCUACCAUUGAAGUUGUAAAAAAAAGCAUUUGUAGAUGCAAAGCGAAAAGUGCGUACUCCACUCACCUUCUUUGACUCACCGAAGAUCAACAGAGGGACCACGCUCAUUCUCCAUUGGUAAUAACCUGUUGGCAAAGCUGGUUGCUGUGCACCAAAAUAAAUGCUCUGAAUGGAGAUAGGGGAAAUGGUCACUUUUUCAUAUUUGGACCUGGAAAAUAACAUACUUCUCACUGUAUAUUUUGAAAGCAUGCGACGUGGUAGAUGAUUACUACAAUGAUGACCUGAGGGUGCACCUUUUUUUUAAAAGUGUUCUUAGAUGCAAAAAUAGAUUACACAGUGCAAUUUUGUUGUCCAGUAACAUGAUGAAAAGGCUCAGUCAAUAUUUAUAGUUUGUUUUUCAUUCACCUUGAACAGUCUUUAUGGUCAACAAACUGCAUGUAAUCCAACUAAGUUUUGAAGACUAAUUUGCUUUUUACGUUAAAAUAUAUAUUGUGUCACAUAUUACUGUGUGAUUGGUUUCACAUAACUCAAUAUUCUCUAAAAUUUACUUUUUUGGAUCAACACUAGAAUAAUUUAAAUCAAAAUAAAGGCUGGAUAAAGGCUUGAACAAAAGAUCUUUAGCCAUAUAAGGCAUAAGGAAAAUUGUUAGUGUUCAAUUUGAAGAAUGAAUUUCUGUUAACUGCUAGACAGGAGCUGUAAUUCAUUUAAUUUGAUAAUUGUCUGAAAAAUAAUGAAAAUAUGGUGAGAAAUGUCACAUAUAGUAGGUAUAAAUGAAACUGGAAAAAGUUGAGCCCAUUUGGAGAUGUACCAUCUUGUGACAAGGCCACUUGCUAUUAAAUCUAGAUUGUAAAUCAUGCAGGCAUUUAAAAUUGCUGUUAAAUGUUCAGAGAUUAAACUUUAUAUUUGGGCCUUUUCCUACUUUUAGAAUUGAGUAUGCUUAAUUGUCUAUUUUUAACAUGUGCACUAAACUAUGCUGGAAAGUGUUUUCUAUUGAUAAUUUCCAGUAAAUAAUGAAAGUAAUUGUAUCUUAGAGGUAGUUACUGUAAAAUUUGCAGAGAAGCAUAAUGUAAAUUCCCAAUGAGCAUUACACUGUUUCCAAGUAUGAUUUAUCCAUUCACAGUUACUGUGGUGCCUGUAAAAUAAUAAUAUGAACUACUGUUUUAAGUAGGAAAGUGUACAUUUGAAGACAUUUUUACCAUUUAUACAAUUUGGUUUCAUAUUUUCAAUUCAAACAAUCUUGUAAUUAUUAGAGAUUAAAUUGUGAAUGGGUAGUCUUUUAAAAUAUAGAUGGAUUACAUGGAAAUAGAGCUUGCUUGCUUAGAAGAAACCAAUUGCAGAUCAUAAUAAAUUGCCCUUCUGUCCAUGGUAGAAGUUUGUCCUUCAUUAGCACUUUGGUUACAGUUGUCAUGCUCAAGUCAUCACAGCAUUAUUUUCCUUAUGAUUUAAGAAUAAGCCUUUAAAGAACUAUUUAUUUCUUUAUCAAAAAAGGCACUGACAACUAAGAGAGGAAAGCCUUAUAUGGUAUCAAUGUUUUCUUAUAUUUGUAAAUUGAUAUUGGUAAAGGUUUCCACACAAGAUUAAAUACACUUUUGAAAUGAUAACUUUUGCACUUUUCUCUAUUGAUUAUUUGUAUCGGGGCUAUUUAAAAUUAGAUUAUAUCUGGUCUAGCAAGUUCUACAUUUUGUGCUUCCUUGUUGAACAUUUGUACAUUAUUCUACUUUUGUGUUUGUUAAUACAAAGCUCAAGCUGAGCCAUAAUUGAACUGCAGUCAUUCUAGUGGAUGUGGCCUAGGACAUUUAAUUUUGAUGCAGUUCUCUGAAAACGAUUUGAAAAAUUAGCGUUUCUUUUGUAUUUUGCCUGAAUUUAUUGAUUAAAAAAUCAC